AACAUGUAACUCAUUCAUCUCUCUCUCCCCUCUCUCUAAAAAUGGAGUCUUCGAGGCAAAGCAUGGGAGCAGAAGGAUGUAGCAGCAGUGAAUCAGGCUGGACUAUGUACAUAGCAUCUCCCAUGGAAGAAGAUGAUUGCAGCAACAUGGAGAACGAAGCUAAUGAAGAUGGCUUCUAUGGUGAAAACAACAACAGAAGAAGAGGAAAGAAGAAGAAAGAUGAAGAAGACAGUGAUGAUUCCAUGGCUUCUGAUGCUUCUUCUGGUCCAACCCAUCAUCAUCACAGCAAUAAUGCCUCUGCAUCAUCUAAUAAGAAAGACAAGAAGCAUCAUGGAUUUGCAGAAAAGCUUUGUUCAUCAUUCUCCAAGAUUGCAAAUAAACAUGACAAGAAACGUAGCAGUAAGUAACAAUGCAGAAAAACAGUUUAAUUUCUGUAUGAUGAUGAUGUUGCCAGUUUUGUAACAUGCACCAUCACCACCACCACCAUCUUCAUCUUCAUCUUUGGAUUUUGUUCAUUUCUAGUUAGAAACAUUUUUCAAACAUAAUUCAUGUCUCUGGAGUUUUAUUAGUUUCAGAUGCUGAUUAUUGUUUAGUAGCGAAUGUAUAUGAGCAAAGAUACAUGGGAAACACUCAGCAAAAGUCUUUUCAAGGUUCUGGAAAUGGAGUAGUAUUCUUCUGGAGAAGAUGGUUUCAUAUAGCCUUUGAUUUUUAACCUCUCAGAUUCUCUCUCUCUUUCUUUAUGUAUCAUGUUGAAAGAAAAAGGAAAAGAAUA